GAGAGAGAGAGAAUGAAUUUGGAAAAAAAAAUAUUUCCGGAGUCUAUUUGGAAUCCAUCACCAUAUAUACCAUCGAAGAAGCUGCAAUGGUAAUGACACAGUAGUCACUUGCAAAGAGUGGACUAGCUCCUCUCUUUCUCUCUCUCUCUCUCUCGCUCGCUCUAUUAAAUUGUGAGGAUGGCUUCUUCCAAAUCCAAACCCCAAUUUGCCGCUCUGGUAUCCGUGUGUAUAUUUGUGGGUUCCUUGGUUGUUAUUACCACUGCGGGCAGUAGCAUUAAUAAAGCCUACGAGACAAUAAUAUCUCAGGCGCAGCAGAAUGAGAAUGAAAGAGUAAUAAAUCUGCCAGGCCAGCCCUCUGAUCCACUUCUCUCCCACUUUUCUGGCUACAUCACCGUCAAUCAUAAGCAUGGCCGGGCCCUUUUCUACUGGUUCUUCGAGGCCCAGUGUCAGCCGUCUAUCAAACCCCUCUUGCUCUGGUUCAAUGGAGGGCCUGGCUGUUCAUCAAUUGGGUACGGCGCUGCGGCGGAGCUGGGUCCUCUCAGAGUCAACGCAAGAGGAGAUGGCCUUCAAUUCAAUCCACAUGCUUGGAAUAAAGAGGCCAAUUUACUGUUUGUGGAAUCACCAGUGGGAGUAGGGUUCUCUUACACGAACACAUCCUCUGAUCUCACCCAUUUGGACGAUGGGUUUGUGGCUGAGGAUGCCUACAAUUUCCUGGUGAAUUGGAUGCGAAGGUUCCCACGGUUCAAAUCCCAUGAUUUCUUUAUAUCUGGAGAGAGCUAUGCAGGCCACUAUGUCCCUCAACUGGCAGAGCUUGUGUUCGACCGAAACAAGGAGAGAACCAAAUACCCAUAUAUUAAUCUCAAAGGGUUCAUCGUAGGGAAUCCAGAAACCGAAGACUCAUACGAUUACAAGGGCAUAUUGGAGUAUGCUUGGAGCCAUACGAUAAUAUCGGACCAGGAAUUUGCAAAGGCCAAGGAAUCAUGCAAUUUCAAGCUCCCGGACUGGUCCAAGGAAUGCAAUGCAGCCAUGUCUGUUGUUUUUGCCAACUACAGGGAGAUUGACAUCUACAAUAUCUAUGCCCAGAAGUGUCUCCUUAAUGGCAGCUCGGCCCCCAAAACCGGCCUGAGCGACGAUUCAUCUUCCUCCGAGGUCACUCGCUUUAGGGCACAGAGAUAUGGGUUGGGGAAGAUGAGAAUCCUGGGUGGAUAUGAUCCUUGUUACUCUGAAUCAACAGAGCGCUACUUCAACAGAGAAGAUGUUCAGAAAUCCUUCCAUGCAGCAAAUGCUGGAAGAGGAGGAAGCGGCCAUGUGAAGUGGAAGGUCUGCAAUGAUUCCAUCUUUUACGCAUACAACUACACAGUGAGUUCUGUGCUGCCGAUCUACAGAAAGCUCAUCAAAGCCGGCCUCAGUAUUUGGGUUUACAGCAGUGGGGAUGCUGAUGGCAGAGUGCCUGUGAUAGGGUCACGGUAUUGGAUUGAAGCUCUUGGACUGCCUCUCAAGUCACCAUGGCGCCCUUGGUACCACAACCACCAGGUGGGAGGGAGGGUUGUGGAGUAUGAAGGAUUGACAUUUGCAACGGUGAGAGGUGCUGGUCACUUGGUGCCUCUCAACAAGCCCAGUGAGGCGCUGUCUCUGAUUCGCUCUUUCUUGUCCGGCCAGCAUCUUCCCGCACACAGAUAGACAAUGACCAGUGAGGAAUAAUGGAAUAGCAUCUCAUCAUGGCCCCCAAAUUGGACCAUUAAUUUCAAUAAAGCAUUGCAUUGAUUGGCAUGCAUGCAUGCGUGGGUAACUUUUUAUUUUUCUUCUCAAGUGUUUAGCGGGAAGACCCAAUUAAAUUUGUAUUUUUUGUUUUCUUUCGAUUGGGACGGGACUUUGUUAUCUGACUAGUAUAAGUGGUAAUUAAAAAGAUUGAUAGGCAUUGUUAAAUGCAUUGUUUGAAAGAGCUUUUAGUAUUUCAUUUCUUGUUUUAAGUAUUUGUUGUUCAUGUGGGUUUAGUUUUUAUUUUCAUUUCAAGAAAUAAUAAAAAUUACCAUCUUGCUUGUUGGAUUUAUAUA